CCCAAAGACCCAAAGUCGUAUGUACUCAACCGCAUUGUUCCGCGCACAUACCGUAGCUACGAGUGGACAGACGGAGACGUGUUGAAGACGGCUGCAGGAGGCGAACUGAAAACAUACGUGAACUGCCUUCCGCUCGAUUCUUCCUCGUACCAUAGCAACAACGGCAUCGUGUACUCAGUCGCCGGAGAUUUGCAGCCGGUAGCAGAAACUGUGCUCUCAGCACUUAAAAAUGAUAGCCGCUUAGCUACUUUUGUCUCUCUGCUCUCCGAUGAUAUUCGCGAAAAGCUGUCAUCAAAUAAGUCGUUCACCGUGUUCGCGCCAUCCGACAAGGCCUUCGCAUCGCUCUCAAGCUCCUUGCUGAAGGAUAUAAAAGAAGGAACAGGAUGCGCAUCAGAUUUCGCCCGUAGUCACAUCGUCAAUGGUUCUUUCUGCUCCCAUGACUUAUCGGAUCGGCUACUGAAAUCGCUUACUGGAAGCGAGCUUGAGGCUCGAACACAAGCUAAAGGAAACGAGAGAGUGAUUCACAUUGGCAGGGCAAGAGUGACGGUAAGCAACAUUUUCGCCAAGAACGGCGUCAUCCAUCUCAUCGACGAUGUCGUCUUCAACGACGAACUGAUGUCGUGGAGGGAACAACUUAUACGAAGUUAUACGACCAACCUGAAGGAGGCUCUGGAAGAUGUCGUGACGAACUCAAGCGAGAAACUAACGAUUUUCGUGCCACCGGCAGACAACACUACCAUUACCUCCGAAUUUGCCAAGAAUCACGUCGUCAUUGGAGACUUGCUGGAUGAUUUCAAGCGUUCCUCGACGGUUACGACGCAAGCAAAUUCUACGAUCUUCACUGGCUACUCUCGUAAAACACCUCCCAUUUGGAUACGAAUCUCGACGCAACCUCGCCAUCGCCAAAGAGGGCAAGUUGGCUGUUCCAGAAUCAUUGAGGACAGCGUGAAAGCAUGCCGUGCAAUUCUUCAAUUCAUUGAAAAGGUACAGAAACAAGUUUAG